AUUACACGCCCCCCGACACAGCGGUACACAGCACGACGCGUCGGCAGUGUGCAUAGGGACGCGUUGGCGCCCAGUGUGCUCGUUGGGUUGGCUAAACCGGGGGGACCGCAUACGCCCGCCUCCGCCACCGCCGUUAUCCGCUGUGCCUUGUGGCUCUGCUCUUGCCGCCGCCGCAUCACGCGUCACUCACGACUCCGCACUUCUCUGUUCUGCACAAUCCACAACACGACACGGCUACUGCACAAACCAUGGCAGACACCGACUCACCCAUCAUCCGCCCCACAACCCCGGCGAGCGAGUAUGACGGCCCGCCCCGCCUCCCGCUGAACCGGUCGAGCUCGUCGCUCUCGGGGCUGGCCCACCGGGGCGCCGAGCGCGUUGGUGACGACUGGAGCCAGUCGUUCGUCCUACUCGACACUAUCGAAACGUUCUUCGACUCGAGGCUCGAUCUUAUCGAACGACGGCUAAAGGCGUCGUCUGCCAAGAUCCGCAAGAAGGCAGGCGACCUGCUGCCCAAGGGGCUUCGGACACCCGGCGGCGGGGGAAGCAUCCUCCUUCUUGACGACGAGGACGAGGCGGAGCGCGACGCAAAGGACAAGGAGCGCGGCCUCACGAGGCGCGGACAAAAGUACAAGCAGGACGCGGAGCGCGAGCUCGCCCGCCUCAAGGUCAAGCUCGCGGGCAAGGUCACCAACCUCAGCGCGAGCUGGCACUCGGCCAAGACGGUGCGAUUGCGCGAGAAGAUCUCCUUCUUCUGGGGUGUCUGGACGCUCGCCUUCGCAUGCCUUCUGUACGGCAUGGCACCGUCCUACUUUCCCCUGGCGUACACUAUCCAGUCGGCAUUCUACCUCCCCACCCGCGCAUGGCUCUACAAACGCAAGCAGUGGCACUACUUCCUCUUUGACAUGUGCUACUUUGUCAACGCGCUCGACCUCAUCUGGCUGUGGAUAUUCCCCAACUCGACCAUUCUCUUCAUCUGCUGCUACCUCCUUACUCUCGGCCCCCUCGCGAGCGCCAUCAUCACCUGGCGAAACUCGCUCGUGUUCCACUCCCUCGACAAGGUCACCAGCCUGUUUAUCCACAUCUACCCCCCUAUCGUUCUUUCCGUCGUCCUGUUCCACUACCCCAAUGCUGUUGAGCGGUAUCCGGGUCUGGCCCACAUCAACGACUACAGCUGGAUCUUCAAGAUCGCGCUCGCCGCAGUGCCCUACUGCAUCUGGCAGGGCUCGUACUUCAAGUUUAUUUCCGUCGACCGCAAGGAAAAGAUUGAGAGCGGACAGCGCGCCAACUCGUUCCAAUACCUCCUCAACGACAAGCGUGGCCCUAUCGGCCGAGCUCUGCGCAACAUUCGCCCCGAGCACCGCGAGCUCUGGUUCAUCUUCGGCCAGUUCAUCUACAGCAUCAUCUUCAUGAUUCUGCCCGCCACACUCCUUAUUCACAGCAAGACGGCCACCAACAUCUACCUCAUCAUCAUCUUCUCGUCGUCCAUCUGGAACGGCGCGACCUUUUACGUCGAGGUGUUUGGCCGUAAGUUUGAGCGCGAGCUCGAGCGGCUCCGCAAGGAGAUGGACGCUCUCACCGCAUCCAACUCGUCGAGCACGGGCAACCCGACCCCGAGCAACCCCGGUACGCCCUACCUCGACAGCCCGCUGCACACCGGCUCGACCAACGGCGCCGACGACCUCGCGUACUCACCCCUCGUCCUUCCCAACUCGACCGUGUCCGAAGUUCCCUCCAUGUCCCUCGGCGUGGCUGCCCAGGCAGCGAUCGAACCUGCCGAGAAGUCAAAGAGCGAGUAGUGUUAAUGCGCGUCGUGUACCGGGACUUCUGCUGGUUACGCCAGCCUAAUGCUAGUACCUUGAUGACAUGUUAUGACUCUCUACAAUAAUA